GUGGCCUCUCUCAGGUUUUUCUCUGGCUGAAUCUGUAUAGUUGUGUUGUUGUGUUUUCGUAUCAAGUUGAAAUAAAGUGAUUUAUAUUGAAUUGUUUAAACGUCAAAAUGCCGUGCGAAAUGAUAACUUUACAGCUUGGCCAAUGCGGCAAUCAAAUUGGAUUUGAGUUUUGGAAGAGAUUAUGUGCAGAACAUGGAAUUAGCCCAGAAGGAAUCUUGGAGGAUUAUGCAAUAGAUGGAACGGACAGAAAAGAUGUCUUUUUUUAUCAAUCAGAUGAUGAACAUUAUAUACCACGAGCUGUACUAUUAGAUUUGGAACCCAGAGUAAUUCAUACUAUUAUGAAUUCUCCAUAUUCGAAGCUGUACAAUCCUGAAAAUAUCUAUUUAUCAAAACAUGGCGGUGGUGCUGGAAAUAACUGGGCAUCAGGGUAUCAUCAGGGUGAAAAGUUACAGGAAGAAAUCUUUGAUAUAUUGGAUAGAGAAGCUGAUGGCAGUGAUAGUUUGGAAGGUUUUGUUUUGUGCCAUUCAAUAGCAGGAGGUACAGGUUCUGGCAUGGGAUCUUUCAUGUUAGAAUCUCUUGCUGAUAGAUUUCCUAAGAAAUUAAUCGAGACAUAUAGCGUCUUUCCAAAUCAAGAUGAGAUAAGCGAUGUUGUAGUACAGCCAUAUAAUUCAUUGUUAACAUUAAAAAGGUUGACUCAAUGUGCAGAUUGUGUGGUGGUUUUAGAUAAUACUGCUUUGAAUAGAAUUGCCACAGAUAGAUUACAUAUUCAGAAUCCCAGUUUCACGCAAAUUAAUAAAUUCGUUUCGACAAUAAUGUCCGACAGUACAACCACUUUGAGAUAUCCUUCGUACAUGAAUAAUGAUUUAGUUGGUUUGAUUGCACCGCUCAUACCAACUCCUCGCUUACAUUUCCUAAUGACUGGAUACACUCCGUUUACAACCGAUCAAGAGGGCACAUCUGUAAGGAAAACAUCCGUUUUGGAUGUAAUGCGACGAUUACUGCAACCAAAAAAUAUGAUGGUUUCCACAGCAUUAGAUAGAAAUGCAUCUCAUUGUUAUAUAUCUAUCUUAAAUAUAAUUCAGGGUGAAAUAGAUCCAACACAAGUGCAUAAAUCUUUACAAAGGAUUAGAGAACGGAAACUUGCACAGUUUAUUCCUUGGGGUCCAGCUAGUAUACAAGUAGCUCUUUCAAGAAAAUCUCCUUAUAUACAAAGUACACAUCGCGUUUCUGGUUUGAUGUUAGCUAAUCAUACUAAUAUAUCGUCACUUUUUGACAGAGCCUUACAACAAUACGACAAGUUGCGUAAGCGAGAAGCGUUUCUGGAACAAUUUCGCAAAGAAAAAAUGUUUGAAGAUAAUCUUGACGAAUUGGAUAAUUCGCGGGAAGUCGUAGAAUAUUUAGUAAAAGAAUACCAGGCUGCAACUCGACUCGAUUAUCUUAGUUGGAAUCCGAGCAAGACGGAUACAUAAAAUAUCUAACAAACGAAUAAAAAAUGUGACGAUACAUGUUUUCUAAAAAUCUAUUACAAUAGUAAUCUUAGAAAAAAUAUUCAACUUUAAAAAUAAACAAUUCUCUGUAGCUUUAAAAUUCUGAAAUUUUGAAUGAUAGUGAAUCUCAUAAAUUCUAUUUAUCUGCUACUUAAUGCUUAUCACGUGUUCUAGUUUUAUAUUUCAUCAAUUAUUUGCUUAUCUUGAUUUGAUUCUUUAUAUGCUUAAUAAUUCCUUUAUAUUUUCAUAUUAAUGUUAAGGAGGAAGAGUGGCGAUUGUAAUAAAGCCUGUAUGACCAGGUAAUGACUGAGCGUGA